CCCUAUAAAUACUACUCCCUCAUCUCUGCUAUUGCAUACAGAUCUUAGAUUAAAGUAGGAAUUCAGCAAUGGAUUAUUUCCAUUCAGUCACACCAACUUCAAUUGUUGCAAUCAUUGCUUUUCCACUACUAUUUCUUUUCUCUUUCCUAUCCAUCUCAAGAAGAAACACAAACUCGAAGAAAACAGCACCGGAAGCUGGUGGAGCAUGGCCUAUUAUUGGCCAUCUCCGCCUCUUAGGAGGGCCACAACCACCUCAUAUAAGCUUGGGUAACAUGGCUGACCAAUAUGGAAGAAUGCUCACUAUCAAGUUGGGUGCGCGUAGAGCUUUGGUGGUGAGUAGUUGGGAGAUUGCUAAAGACUGUCUCACCAUACAUGAUAAAGCAUUCGCCACUCGUCCAAAGGCAGUAGCCCAGGAACUCUUAAGUUACAACCACGCCAUGAUCGCCACUGCUCCUUAUGGACCUUAUUGGCGUCAAAUGCGUAAGUUCGCCACUGUUGAGCUCCUCUCAAAUCAUCGCCUCAACUUGCUUAAACAUGUAAGGGAAUCCGAGGUGAAAACAUCAUUGCAACAGUUAUAUCAACUAUGGAACAAGAAGAAAAGUAGUAACAGUGACAAAGUAUUGGUGGAGAUGAAGAGAUGGUUCGGAGAUGUUACUCUUAACGUGAUACUAAUGAUUGUUGUAGGCAAACGAAUACCGAAUUCAUACGAAGGUGUUGAAACCAUGGAAUGGAAGAAGUCGGUGGACGAAUUCUUUGAACUAUCUGGGAAGAUCGUAGUGGCAGAUGCAUUGCCGUUUUUGAGAUGGUUUGACAUUGGCGGAGAAGAGAAGCGCAUGAAGAAGGUAUCCAAAGAAUUGGACCAACUUGUUGAGGGAUGGCUACGAGAACACAAGGAAAAGAUAGCUGAAAAUGAGGCAAAUAGUGAGGAAGAUUUCAUGGGAGUGAUGCUAUCUAAGCUCCGUGAUGAUGUUGAGGAACAUGAUGCUAAUACCGUCAACAAAGCCACCAGUCUCUCUCUUGUAUUAGCUGCGGAAGAUACCACAUCGAUUACAAUGACAUGGGCUUUAGCUUUAUUGCUUAAUAAUCGAGAUGCAUUGAACAAGGUCCAACAAGAAUUAGACAUCCAUGUUGGCAAGGACAAACUGUUAGUAACAGAAUCAGACACUAAGAACUUAAUGUACCUUCAGUCCAUCAUUAAGGAAACGCUACGUCUAUAUCCUCCUGCUCCACUCUCAGCGACCCAUGAAGCUAUUGAAGAUUGUACAGUUGAUGGAUACGAUGUUUCAGCUGGCACUUGGCUUAUUUUCAAUCUUCACAAGAUUCAUCGUGAUCCCCACAUAUGGACAAACCCAUCUGAGUUUCGACCAGAAAGAUUUAUGACCACCCACAGAGACUUUGAUGUGAGAGGACAAAAUUUUGAAUUGAUUCCAUUUGGUAGUGGUAGAAGAAUGUGCCCUGGAAUUUCGUUUGCACUUCAGGUUUUACAGCUUACGUUGGCUAAUGUGUUACAUUGGUUUGAGUUUGAAACCCCAUCAGGUGAAGCAGUCGAUAUGCAUGAAGCACCAGGAUUGACGAGUCCUAAAGCAACUCCAUUAGAAGUUUAUAUAUCUCCUCGCCUCCCUGCUUUUGUUUACACUUCCACUACCUAAUUUGGUUGUAUCCAAAUUUCUACAUCAUAUAAUAAUUACCCGUUAUACAAUAAAAUAUAAUUAUCAUACAAAA